AUGCUCGUCCGCGCAGCUCGUCGAAAAGUUGCUUCCGCCACGCUUCGAACACAACCUCUCUUCGACCAACUGUAUCUUCCUUGGCUUUGUCCUGCCCAUAUUUCGAGCUCUCCAAGGAUUUUACGUCGCUGCGUGACUACCGAUUCCCCUCUUAAUCGACCUGUAACAAGCAAAAGACGAUACUCUAAUGAUGGCGGAAAUGGAUCGUCGCGGCGCUCAAUGGCGACAGCUAUGGCCGCGACUGUGGAGUCCAUGAACUUCGACGACAUACCUUUCGAGCCAUCUAUCAAUACCCGCCCUCCUCCGUCCGCACACAACCUCACCCAGAGAUACGUUAUGGGCACGGGCUUCGAAAACGGAAGAAAUCACCAAGAACUUGGAGGAGGUUCAUAUGAAGACUUGGUUAACUCCGAGCAGAAGAUCAGGUCGACCCAGAUUGGUGUUUCCGGCGACAUAACACAGAUCCUUUCUAUCUACCAUGCUUGUCUCACAAUGGGCAAGAUGGAGCGCGCUGGUGUGAUCCUUCUCCGAGUUUUGAAGAAGGCGGAUGUUGGCGAGGAGGCUGCCAUUCAGCUUCACACGGACUACAUUCGUGCGUACGCGGAUCACGUAAUGCUAAAUCCUACGCAUGAAGCCAUGCGGGGAAUUCAUAGAUGGUUUGAUCUUGAGAUACGCCGCAAAGAUCAGACUUGCACCGCAGAGAUGGUGGCAUACAUGUUGAAGGCUUCCUUGUAUGCCGCGGACGAUGAAACCGGGGGAAAUAAGAAGCGUUUGGUGCGACGGUAUAUGAAUAUCGUCGAGGAGGAAGCAGGGAUAGAAGAAACACUGAGCAUGCCAUUCCUUACCGAUCGCGAAAGGAAUGAAAUCAUGCAGAUAUGCCCUAAUUUGAAUUUAGCACAGAGCCUGUGGGAAGACCUGGAGCAAGAUCCAGUAACACCGCUCGAGGGGUUAUCUGCUAGAGACGACUCCCAACAAACUCCGAGUUCUACAUCAUCAGACGUCGUCCCUGAAGUCAAACCCGUUGAACAAAAGGGGCAGGGUUUGGAUGCUCUGAGGCAGUCUUUAUCUUUAUUUUCCGCUUCGCCGUCACAGGGGUUGUCUCUGGGAAGCAAGACAACAGAAGAAAAACGAGAAAUACAGCGGCAAUUGGAGGAGGAUUCGGUCACUGCGGCUGCAGAGAGAUGGAGAUCAGAGAGCCUAGCACUCAAAAAGAUGGGUCUCGACUCGGCCUUGCAAACCAAGUCUAUAGGCGCAAGGAUGUGGAAAUGGCAGAAGGCUCUGGAGCAGCAUUUACAAAAGGAAAUUGACAGGCUCGAGGUAAUAGAGCAGAAAGAAAAGAAGACUCGCGAGGAUGAAGAACUCUGUAUUCAUGCGACAUUUCUGCGAACGGUUCCAACUGAAAAACUAGCUGCGCUGACGAUUUUAUCUACCAUGGGGUUGCUUGCUAGCCAGGGAAUCGAUAAGGGCUUGCUGCUUGGGCAUGCUAUAAUGCAUAUUUCAGGUGCCAUUGAAGACGAGAGCGUGCUUGAAAGAGUUAAAAGGCAAAAGAGGAGCCCGUUGACAAGCCGCUCGCAAAUAGGUGUCUACGACCUCAAGAAGAUGGUCAAAAAUCGAGGGGCUGGAUCUUUGUCAAAAUUACUGUCCGCAACAGACUCAAAACACCCAAUGGCCAAGCGCGCUUCACAAUACUCUAUGGAAUUACCAUGGCCCACUGCUGUACGGGCGAAGGUUGGGGCUUAUGUAUUGUCAGCUCUGAUUGAUAUAGCAACUAUGCCGGUGCCCAUUCAAAAUUCCGUUACUAAGGAAACCAUGACUGAAAUGCAACCGGCUCUAUUGCACUCCUACAAAUACAAACACGGAAGAAAAUACGGCAUUAUCAUGGCUAACGAAGCGUUGACUCAGUCUCUGAAGCGUGAGCCUGUCCAUAGCCUGUUGGCAAAGCAUUUGCCUAUGCUAGUGGAGCCUGAUCCUUGGAUGUCUUUUGCUGAGGGAGGUUAUCUCAUUCAUCCCACAAAACUUAUCAGAGUCAAGUCAGGCAAUAAAGACCAAAGAUAUUACGCUGAAGCUGCUAUUGCGCAGGGAGACCUAGAUCGAUUGCGUGAAGGUUUGGAUGUCCUUGGCAAAACUGAAUGGAGGAUCAACCGGCCUGUGUUCGACGUGAUGUUGAGAGCUUGGAACACUGGGGAAGCCAUCGCCAAUUUCCCUGCAGAAUCCCCAGAUCUAGCCACGCCCCCACCACCACCGCCAAGUGCAUCCGUCUCAGAAAAGCGCCGUUGGCAGAGAACUGCCAAAGACCUACACAAUCAGCGGACGGGCUUGCAUUCAAAAAGAUGUUUCCAAAAUUUUCAGCUUGAAAUCGCCCGAGCACUUCGAUCGGAAUCCUUUUAUUUUCCGCAUAACGUCGAUUUUCGUGGGCGUGCUUAUCCGAUACCACCAUAUCUCAAUCACAUGGGUGCGGAUCAUUGUAGAGGCCUGCUAAAGUUUGGGAAGGGGAAGCCACUUGGCGUGGCUGGUCUCAGAUGGCUCAGAAUCCACCUUGCGAAUGUAUACGGCUUUGACAAGGCGAGUCUUCAAGAGCGAGAAGACUUUUCCAAAACUCACAUGGAAGAGAUCUUGGACUCCGUGGCCAAUCCUCUAGAGGGGUCUAGGUGGUGGCUUAAUGCUGAAGACCCCUGGCAAACUUUGGCUGCCUGUUUUGAGCUCAAAAGCGCGUUGGAUUGCGAAGACCCCACAAGUUUUGUCAGCCAUCUACCAGUACAUCAGGAUGGCACAUGUAAUGGGUUACAGCAUUACGCAGCCUUGGGCGGCGACUUAUGGGGUGCUCAGCAAGUCAAUCUAGAGCCAGGAGACCGUCCUGCGGACGUUUAUACUGCUGUCGCGGAUCUAGUUAAAGAGUCCAUCGCUCGCGACAAACUGGAGGGUAACGAACAGGCGGCUUACCUGGAUGGUAAGAUAACUCGAAAAACGGUCAAGACCACGGUCAUGACAAACGUCUAUGGCGUGACUUUCACGGGCGCGCGAGAUCAAGUCAGAAAGCAACUAACUGAGACUUACCCCGACUUACCGAUCAAACCGACGAUGAAUGCCAUCACUCUUUCAUCGUACGUCGCGCGGCUUAUCUUUACCGCGCUUGGUAAUAUGUUCAAAGGUGCUCAUGAAAUCCAGCACUGGUUUGGAGAAUGCGCUGGCAGGAUAUCAAGAUCUCUUACUCUCGACCAAAUGAAUCGCCUGGAACUUGAAAUGGAUAAUUACAAGCAAUGCGCAUCACACAAAACACCGAGAACCCAAUCUCUGAACAGGAUAGUGGAAUAUUCGCAUUUCAAAUCUACUGUUAUUUGGACUACACCGCUGAACAUGCCUGUGGUCCAGCCAUACAGAAACACAAAAUCUCACAUGGUUAUGACUGCCUUGCAGGCCAUAAAUCUCCAAGAGCCCCAUCGAACGGAUACUAUAAGUAAACGCAAGCAGCUUCAAGGCUUUCCCCCUAACUUUAUUCAUUCACUAGAUGCGACCCAUAUGCUUCUCUCGGCCUCGAAAUGUGCGGAAUCAGGAUUGUCAUUUGCGGCCGUUCACGACUCCUUCUGGACGCAUGCUUCAGACAUUGACCAGAUGAAUCUGGUUCUGCGAGACAUGUUCAUUGACAUCCACACAGAGGAUGUCAUUGGACGACUCGCCGCCGAAUUUGACGUGCGAUAUAAAGACAGCUGGUAUCUGUCCUCGGUACACCCAGACACACAUGUGGCGAGGAAGAUUCGAGAAUGGCGGACGACACAUCCGAAACACAUAGCAUUCAAAGGCUUGGGAAACCACGUACCACAUGUCGGGACCCAUCUGCAUGAACUCUAUCUGGAACGCAAACGUAUUCGCCUUCUGGCCUCGGAUGUUCCAGAAGAAGUACAGCAAGGCAAAGCGAUGGUCACACCAUAUACGAUCUUUGCCCAGGAAGCCCAAGAAAGGGACGUCGCCGAUGACACUGAAAUAGAUGCAAUAGCACAAUUAGGCUCUACAGGCAAGGACGUCGAUCCGGGUUCGGACGAUAUUUCCGAGGUCUCAAGUGAAGAAUCUCAAGGAUUCCAACCUGUGGCCAUUUCCGAUACAGCAGAUGAAAUUUCCGAUAUACAAGAUGAAGAGAGUGAGCCACCCAGUUCCCCAUUCGAAAUCCAUGUUCAGAAAAGAGCGAAGGUAAAAAGAGCCAAUGCGCCACGUAAACUGGGCCCAGUAUCUGUAUGGUUACCUAUUACCUUUCCUCAGCAUCCUCAAAAGGGCGAUUUCGAUGUCUCGCGACUUCGAGAUAGUAAAUAUUUCUUUUCGUGA